CUCUUCUUUUCUUCUCCCCUUGCACCGAACAACAAGAAGCCCAGCCCCGACGCACCUCCCUUUGACAAACCGAAUUUUCAGAUCUGCUCUGCUCUGCUCUGUCCUUCCGUCGGCUGCUCCUGCUUCGUGGGGGCGAAUUGCUCGGGUUUCUGUAGAUCCUUGAUUUUUCCCCUGCACUGCCGCCGGCCUUCCCCCAACUGCAGCUCCGGUUUUUGCUGCUAAAUUCUGGUUCUUGAUCAUUGGUUGCCCUAGCAUUGGGAUUGAGUCAGUUUAUACAAGUGAGGUAAGUAAAUUAUGGUAAUGACGUUCGAUUUUAAAAGUAUGUUUUAACUUGUUUUUGAAGUGGUGGCGGGACUAAACCCAUUUUAUACAAAAAUGAGCAUGAUUGAUUUGAAAUAAGAUUAUUAUUCUUUUUAUUGAUUUGAGCAUGCCUGCUUGGAGUUUAUUUAACUGCCCUGAUGAUCUGGAAAGUAUCUGUAAAGUAUGAUUUUUUGUUAAAUUCUGCAUGUUUUGUCUCCAAUAUGGUCAUGUUAUUCGUGUGCCCGCUAGUGGGAGGUUUAUAAAUGCUAGCACCCGCUAGUGGGAGGUUUAUAAACGCUAGCACAUGUUGACAUGUUACUAAUAGAACCGGUUCGUUUCUGUUAUCUUGCUAGUGGAAUUAUACACUAGUAAAUCGUGUGCUUGCUAGUGGGAGGUUUAUAACACUGGCCAUGACCUAUAGAGGAGACGUCUAUUUCAUUUCCGUACUCGUACCUAUUUUUUCGUAAUUAUACUUGUUGGCAUGCUAUAAGUUUAAUUAAGGACUAUCCAUAUUUACUUACUGAGUUAUCUUAUAGUUUUUCUUUGUCCACCAUUUCAGGAAGCGAAGUCAAAGACAGGGAAAAACGAGGGGAGUGAUGCGUUAGAAGGCUAGCCAUCUUGUAAAUUGAGCAUAGAUUUAGAUAUGAAUCAAGAUCUUGUAAGUUAGACCUUAUUUGGAGAUUUUAUGAUAUCAGAGCAAUUUUAAAAUUUCA